AGCAACCCCGGACGCCGUUGUUCUGCGCAGGCGUGGCGCCCUGGGGCCGGGGCCGGGCGGCACCGCGGUGCGCAAGCGCAGCCGUCGGUGGGUCGGGGAUCGGUAGCCUGAGAGGCCCUCCACUUGGACCCGCAGAUCCUGAGCACCCGCAGGUGUCACCUCUUCCGGGCUCGAGAUGGACAACAAGAAGCGCCUGGCCUAUGCCAUCAUCCAGUUCCUGCACGACCAGCUCCGGCACGGGGGCCUCUCGUCCGACGCACAGGAGAGCCUGGAAGUUGCCAUCCAGUGCCUGGAGACUGCGUUUGGGGUGACAGUGGAAGACAGCGACCUCGCGCUCCCUCAGACUCUGCCGGAGAUAUUUGAAGCGGCCGCCACAGGCAAGGAGAUGCCGCAGGACCUGAGGAGCCCCGCACGAACCCCACCUUCUGAGGAGGACUCAGCGGAGGCAGAGCGCCUCAAAACCGAAGGAAAUGAGCAGAUGAAAGUGGAAAACUUUGAGGCGGCUGUGCAUUUCUAUGGAAAGGCCAUCGAGCUCAACCCUGCCAACGCCGUCUAUUUCUGCAACAGAGCCGCGGCCUACAGCAAACUCGGUAACUACGCAGGUGCCGUGCAGGACUGUGAGCGAGCCAUCUGCAUAGACCCGGCCUACAGCAAGGCCUACGGCAGGAUGGGCCUGGCGCUUUCCAGCCUGAACAAGCACGUGGAGGCCGUGGCCUACUACAAGAAGGCCCUAGAGCUGGACCCCGACAACGAGACGUACAAGUCCAACCUCAAGAUCGCAGAGCUGAAGCUGCGGGAGGCCCCCAGCCCUACUGGAGGCGCGGGCAGCUUCGACAUCGCCGGCCUGCUAAACAACCCCGGCUUCAUGACCAUGGCUUCAAGCCUAAUGAACAAUCCCCAGAUUCAGCAGCUCAUGUCCGGCAUGAUUUCGGGCGGCCACAACCCCCUGGGAACUCCUGGCACCAGCCCCUCGCAGAAUGACCUGGCCAGCCUCAUCCAGGCCGGUCAGCAGUUUGCCCAGCAGAUGCAGCAGCAGAACCCAGAGUUGAUAGAGCAGCUCAGGAGCCAGAUCCGGAGUCGGACGCCCAGCGCCAGCAACGACGAGCAGCAGGAGUGAUGCCGUCCAUUCCCGGCAUGACCGCGUCCUUCCCUGGCCGACUGGAAGCCUUCUGGUUGUUUGCUGUCUCCUCCUGAGAGGGGAAGAGGGAGACCUCGGACCUGCAUGUCAAGAUGGAUUUUCCCUUUGUCUCUGCCUCCUCCACUCCCUUUUGUAACUCUCUUACAGCCCCCAGACCUUUCUUGAAACCAGAGCCAGCAAGCUGAGCGCAGCCCAGCAGCGACCUCCCUCCCAGGCCCCCGACAGCCCAUCACUUGAGUAUUUUCUAGAAUCCUGGGUGCUCCCGGCCCCUCAGCGAAGCAGCAGCUUCCACGUUCAGCCACGUGGCGGAUCCUGUGGCUUCCGGAGCCUUUUUCCAGCCCCCGCUCCCCCCGUGGUGUGUGUGCAGGAACUCUUCCGUCCUGAGAAGCUGCUUUCUGCGUCGACCUCCCGGCCUCCCGGGCCCCGUGCCUGCUCGGAGGAGCUCACUGCCAGCUGUGGCCCGGACGCCGCGCCGUGUGUCUUUGCAUGAGGAACUCUUUACUGGCAGACAUCUAGGAGGCAGCUGCCGUCACCCCACCACCUCUGCGGCCAGGAGCCGUCGUGGGUGCAUAGGACCAGUUUCUGUGACUUUCUCCAGGUGCGCGUGUGGGCAGACACGCGUUCCCCUCCGCCUACGCUCAUUUUCCAGUCCUCUCGACUGAGCCACGAGUGUCAUCAUGGCCUUCUGUCCCGGCUGCCUUAGCCGUGGGCACAGGGAAGGCAGCUGGGCCAUUUCUGUCUGUGUCCCAUCCUGCUGUCCUUCCAUCCUGGGUGUUUCACAGGCCCACGGCCCACUGGGAAGCUCACCCCUCCAGUUCCAGGUCGAGGCCACGGGGCACCUCUGGUGCCACCCACCUUGGCCCUAAAACAGCCACCAGGAGAGCAGCCGAGAGCCAGACAUCGGGGGGCCUGCCUCGGCUCCUGGGGCCUGGGGGUGGCAGGUGAUCCCAUGGCGCUGCGGUCCCAGCAGCAGGGUUGGCAGUCAGAGCGUCCUGGGGAUCCCUGGGUCUUGGCCGUCUGCGAAGUAGGCGCAGUACUGUGUGUCGUAGGUAACAGUAGGAAUGGGGCCCCUCACGGCGGUGAGCUGUGCCAAGCCCAUCGGGUGCAGGGCGUGACGUGUGGGGAAUAAAUAGGCGUUGUGACCUCU